AACACACGAUCGAUCGAUCGCUAGAUCGAUCUAUCUAUGAUCGAUCGUAGAUCGAUGACAAUAGAUAGAUAGAUGCACUGCACACAAACAGAUGUGCCCACGUCCCUUGCAGGUGAGAAGUUGUCGGUAUUCCUCAACCUUGCCCAAAGAAGGUGCGACGACGCUGCGUCAAUGGCGCACCAGAUUGGCCGUUUGCGGCUGCGUGCGUCUGCAUGGCAACGCGACCUGCGCUCCACAAAUAAGGCAGGAGGAGAGCUCUACUAGCAAGCCGGAAUUUAUUGACCGCACUUUGGUGGAGGCUGUUUGGUUUGGCGCGUCGUUGGCGCACUCUGUGACAGGUCAGGAUGCGGUAGAGAUUCGACGCGACAUCAUGUGUGGAGCGUUGGAAUGAAUGGCGUGGGGUCGUGUUGUUCCCUGCGUGCGUGUUUGAUUGUGGAAGGACUGGGCGGUGCCGACCCACCACAAACGCACUUUCGGCUACUAUCAAUAAAUAGUGCAGCCCAUGCAUGCAGCGUGAAGAAUCUCGAUUUGUUUUUAAUAAACGCGUAUAACGUUGCACUGAGUAACCGUUGGCAUGCCAGCAGAGAUGCACAUGAUGUAUUAAACGCGUCACUGAGAUUGCAGAUGUCGGAAUCUUAGAUAACGACCGCCCUGGUGUUACAGCAGACCGAAUACAACUUGCAGUGAUGAUUGCUGAAGUGAAAAAGCGAGAGAAAAAAACAUGACCAGUGUUUGGGCCUUUCAGUAGCAGCACGAAUUGUUUAACGUACAUAAGCAUCAUAUUUCUAUUUUCCCCCCUUUAUUUAUGUAUCGCUAGUGUGAAGCACAAACCAAAUACCCGUUACAAUAACUGGGAAUCACACCAAGAGGUGCAUUGAUUUAAUUAAUGACAUAAUGAAUUGAUUGAUGACUUGCCAAAACUGUUGUUGCAAAACGGAUUCCUUCUGUGCUGUUUUAUACUGUAACUAUAGUCACAACAUUAGGUACAAUAAUGACAUCCAACAGAAGAGCUAUUUUGAAACAUCAUAUUCCCUUCAUAAAGAUAAUGAUGCUCAGGAAAUGUUGGUUCACAAUGGAUACACACACAGAAGCCUGUACAUUUUAUGUUUUGUCUUGAAUCGCAUAAUUUGAAGACAGGCAUGAGGCUGCUGAUAUCAUGUCGUGGAUUUUUACAGUUUCUCUACAAGUCGUACCUGUAAUAAAUAGAUUGAUUUGUCACUUGUCUCCAAAUGCGUCGGGAUUUAAGUGGCUGGUAAACUGCCACUUGAAUCGGGGUCACCAUGACAGCAGAGGAGACAAUCAACAUCAAAGAGGCAGAAGUGGUCAAACUGGUCCUCGACUUCCUCAGCGCCAGGAAGCUGCACAUUAGCAUGUUGGCGUUGGAGAAGGAGAGCGGUAUCAUCAACGGUCUCUACUCCGAUGACAUGCUCUUCCUCAGGCAACUCAUUCUGGAUGGUCAGUGGGAAGAGGUGAUGCAGUUCAUUCAGCCUUUAGAAGGGUUGGACAAGUUUGACAAGAAAAGAUUCCGCUAUAUAAUUCUGAAGCAGAAAUUUCUUGAGGCUCUGUAUGUAAAUAAUGCCAUGUCUGCAGCUAAAGAUCCCCAAAAUCUGGAGCUCACCAUGCAGGAAGCUGUCAAGUGCCUGCACAACUUGGAGGCGUUCUGCCCGUCUAAGGAGGACUACAGCAAACUGUGUCUCCUCCUCACGCUGCCUCGCCUCACCCACCAUGCUGAGUUCAAGGAAUGGAACCCGAGUACGGCGCGCGUCCACUGUUUCGAGGAGGCUUGCGCGAUGGUCGCCGAGUUCAUUCCGGCGGACAGGAAGCUGAGCGAGGCGGGCUUCCGAGCGAGUGGGAACCGCCUCUUCCAGCUGCUCAUCAAAGGGAUACUUUAUGAGUGCUGUGUCGAAUUCUGCCAGAGCAAAGCAACUGGAGAGGCAAUAACAGAGGGCGAGGUGUUACUCGGCGUAGACUUGCUCUGCGGGAACGGUUGCGAUGAACUCGAUCUGUCGCUGCUCUCCUGGCUGCAGAACCUUUCCCCCGGUGCAUUUUCAUGCGCCUUCCAACAGAAGACCCUCAGCAUCCAUGUUGACCGUCUGGUCAAGCCCAGCAAGGCCGGUUACGCCGACCUUCUUACCCCUCUCAUCAACCGCCUCUCCCCAUGCCCGGCUUCACCUUUCCGUCAGAGGCCGCACUCAGCCGACACCUACAUGUCCAGAUCCCUGAACCCGGCUCUGGACGGACUGUCACACGGCUUGGCUUCCCAGGACAAGAGAGGCACGGAGGUCAACAUCAAAUCGUCACUCAGUCGAAGCCUGGUGGAGAGUAAUCUUCAUCAACUGGAUGAUUCCCCUGAGAAAAAGUACCCACGGGGUUUGGAAGGUCCCAAGACCACGCGCACCCCUCUGACUCCUGGGAGGGACGGUGGGACAGCAUGCACAGAAACAGCUGAGCGUCCUGAUUCCACAGAGCACAUGCAGGAGUACUACAGGCAGCGUCUGCGUGUGCAGCAACAUCUGGAACACAAGCAACAGCAGAGACAGCUUUACCAGCAGAUGUUGCUUGAAGGUGGUGUGAAACCAAUCAAUGGAACCCAAAAUAACCUCACUGAGACCUUCCUCACUCGAUCCAUUCAGAAACUGGAGGAGAUGAACAUUAGCAUUGACCACCACGGAGAUGAGGUGACCCCUCUGGGCCAGCAUUGUAAUGGUAUGGCAGAUGACGGUAGUACAUCUAACACCCAAGAAGACCCGGGGGUGGUGCAAAGAGCAAAGCCUGGUAGUGUAAGCAGCAUUCCCUCCCAAAGGCCAGGGAGCCAUUGCCUGCAACACAUCAGCGAGUCACCAUUUCCUGUAAGUGCUGCUGAGAGGGUUGGAGGCCCAGGGCAAGAUGAUUCCAGCAGCCAUGUGACACGUUGCACAACCCAGCAUGAAGGAAAGGCCAAAACCCAGUUUUUCAAAGUGAGCCAGCUUGAAGACACACAGGCGGUACGAUCCGUGGCCUUCCAUCCGUCUGGAUCGCUUUAUGCUGUUGGUUCCAACUCGAAAACUCUCCGUGUUUGCGCCUACCCUGACACCGAAAAAAACAGCACCUUGGAUGCCGUUAGGCAGCCAUUGGUACGCUUCAGAAGGAAUAAACACCACAAAGGUUCCAUCUACUGUGUCGCAUGGAGCCACUGUGGACAGCUGCUGGCCACCGGCUCCAAUGACAAAUAUGUCAAGGUUCUGCCUUUCAAUGCUGACAGCUGCAAUGCGACAGGUCCUGAUCUGGAGUUCAGCAUGCAUGACGGAACCAUUAGGGACUUGGCCUUCAUGGAGGGGCCCGAGAGCAGAGGGUCCAUCUUGAUUAGUGCUGGAGCUGGAGACUGCAACAUCUACACCACCGACUGCCAGAGAGGACAGGGCCUUCAUGCCUUGAGUGGGCACACUGGUCACGUUUUGACUCUAUACACAUGGGGAGGGUGGAUGAUCACUUCUGGAUCCCAGGACAAGACAGUCCGCUUCUGGGACCUGCGGGUUCCAAGUUGUGUGCGUGUUGUGGGUACCACCCUGCAUGGCUCAGGAAGUGCCGUUAUUUCGGUGGCAGUGGAUCCCAGCGGUCGCCUGCUCGCCACUGGCCAGGAGGACAGCACCUGCAUGCUCUAUGACAUCAGAGGAGGCCGCAUUGUGCAGACGUACCGCCCCCACAGCAGUGACAUUCGUUCAGUACGCUUCUCACCUGGAGCCCAUCAUCUUCUCACAGGUUCCUACGACAACAAAAUCAUCAUCAGUGACCUGCAAGGUGACCUAACAAAAGCAGUGCCACAGACGUUGGCAGGAGAACACGCGGACAAGGUGAUCCAGUGUCGAUGGCAUCCCAAAGACCGAACCUUCCUCUCUUCCUCCGCUGAUCGGACUGUCGUCCUCUGGGCUCCCAACCCCUGAGAGAGUCGGGAAACUGUGGGCAUAAUAAGUCGCGAGCACUCAAUCGGGCAUGAAGUAUAUCCCAGUGUGAGAUCACCAAAAAAUUUUAUUUUUUUUGUAUUUCUGUGUCUUAAGGUGUCUAUGCUGUUGGUUCAUUCAGCGUAGAAAACCUGGUUUGUUUUAUGCUCAUCAAAUCAGGCUGUCAUUGACGUCAAAAGAUAUUUUGUUUGGGUAUAGAAGAGAGCAAAUACUUUCAGCAGCAACUUGGAAGUGUUGUACCAUCACGAAAUGUACAAUUUGUUGAGCACACACCGCCUUGAAAUAGUGUAGUUUUAUGCUGUGCUUGCGUGCACAAAAAUAAUCAGACGAUUGGAUUGUAACUUGCACUUUAAAUCCGGAGAUUGUAUUUGAGGUUGUCAUGGUGAAUUGAGUUUUGCCAAAAGAACCGCAAAUGGGAGUAAACCUAUUACAAAACCUUAAUAGAACGUCAAGUAAACAAUGACUUCAAAAUAUUUAAAAUGCAUAUUUAACACCAUCCUGCAGUAGAAAAGUGUUGUCCUAUUCAUGUUGGCUUACGAAACUUCAUUGACAAAUUACAAAAGAUUGAUAUUAAUAGAUUCGAAUGCUGUGAUGAAAAUUUUAUUACAUUAUGUGCCUUUUUAAUCAUUCUUUUUUUUAACCAACUAAAAGAUUUUGCGUUGGAAUACGAAGUGAUUGAUGCAUGUAUGCAGGUUUAUCUAGCUUUGCCAUACACUGAAUGGAUCUUGACAUAUGCACAUUUUUGUAAUGUUGCUCACUCUGCACAUUUUAUGUCUGUGUUCUUGGAAGUAUGAACUGAAUGAAAAGUGGGUAACAUGAUCACAUUGCACAAUGUGAAAAGGAGCUAGCCAUUUACUUGUUGAACGCAUCAAUUUGUCGAUGUGUCACAUGCGUCUGGUUGCACACAAAUGGAAUUCACGGAUUGCACCGUUAGGACAGUUGACUGGUCUUUACAGGUGUCUUUGAAUUCCCAACACAUUUGAUACUGAGUCAAAGAUUAGCACAAUUGAUCUUUCUUGUAAGAUGAGGUGAUAUUGAAAUAAGAAAUAUUGUGAUGAGAGUUUAUUGACUGAUCAAAAGCCGUGCCCUUUUGGGGUGAUAAUGUCAUGUGGAAUGCUGAAUAAGCUUCAAGUAGCAGUCUUUCAAAGAAUGGUUAGCAUGCAUUCUGUGACAUCUCAGUCCAACCCUGCAGCCAUUUUCCACCACAUACCCUGUCUGUGGUCAAACUGGGGCGGUAUAACCCAACAAAAAUGUGUUUUGUUUUUGUUUUUCAAUUCAGUCACUUUAAAUUAAGAGAUUGUGCACUGGGAAAUAUAACUAUAGUGACUCGACUUAGCUACUAUGCAGAAAGCUGUUGGUUUGAUUGACAGAUGUGUCAACAACUGUUCCAAACUCCCUCACUUGAUUUGCACAAUGUCUCACUUCAACCAUUCCAACCUCAGCUUACCUUACACUAUGAGUCGUUUGUGUUUGUAUGUUGAAAUACUUUUAAUCGGCGCGUGUUGUCGUCAGCGAUGUUUGUGCCACACAUCUCGUCAUUAUUGGUCAACAGUGGGAUCUUUUGUUGUGCUGUUUUACCUGCCAAAGAGCCAUUUGAGUUCAAUGGGCUGAAAUAAAUCAAUGUCAUGAGAAUUAA